CAAGAUGGACCCCAGGUCACGAGUUCUUCACACUUUUAUAAGUUUGGUCCAUUUGCAUAUCAGGAUCAAUUCUUCAAUUACAACCCCAGUUAAUGAUGUAACUACCCCAAGUUUGCCCUCCUCUUCAGAGGCCUUAGUUUACGUAUUUUGGAGCCUGGGACAAUCUAGGUAUGCUUGGAGAGCAAACCUAGAGUGUCUUGUUAUGUCUGCCUGGCAUAAGAGAACAGUAGCUAACAGGCCACAAGAAACUUCAGAGUUACACACUAGGCAGUACAGGAUUUGAAAAAUAUAAAAGUUAAAACCUAAGGCAUCAAUGGGACUUUGCUUUUGGCGAGGAGUGGUGUAACCCCCUGGUCAGAUUCCAGCUAAGGCACCUGAGAGCACUCACUCAGUUUGAUUUGUGGGAUGGAAGUGUCCCAAACUCUGGAAGGAGGGACAGCCAGUACCCACUGGAAAGGCAAAGUUAAAGGCGUCAAUGACUCAUCUCCACACCCUGUGACCUGUAGGACAGAGGUGUCUGUUUCCCAUUGCUAUAACUACCUGCACAGUGUGGUGUCUGGUUUGAGUGGGGCUUCUUGGCAGUUGUGCACUCUGAAUAACAAUCCCCAACAAUUCCAAAGGGAGAUUUUUCAGUUCCCUUUCCAUAGCCUCCUGUCCAUAUGUCCAUUUCCCCUAGAAGGCCAAGCAGAGCUGAGUGUGCAGGCUGAUGAGCCAAUGCCGUUCAGGGCCACUGUUAAAAUACAGAGUAUAUCACCUGUGAGACCUGUGCUUCUCUCUGGAAACCUCAUAAAAAGAGAUGUUUCCCAGGCCAGAGAUACCAUUGCGUGGAGGGGAGAGUGUGGUCAUCUCCAAACAAGGCACCUCUCAUGCCACAGCAGAGGCAGUUUCCAGGAGAUGGAAUUAAAGCCUGCUCUACCCUUGCUCUCUUCCGAUGAGGGGAAGAAGGUCUUGAGUGAAUGAAGUUGUUAUCUCUCACUGACUCAGUCUCACACUUCACAGCAUUGCCUGGUCCCAAGAAGAGGAAGAUGGAAGGGCUGUUACAGGCAAUUUUAUUUUCUUUUUUUUUGGUUUUCUAUGUGUAGUGAGCUGCCAGGAGGAUGUCACCUUUCUUCAGCAUCUCAUUGUCCAAUAUUUACUUUGCUUUUUUUUGCCAUUUCUCACUCCUUGAUGUCUUUCUAAGUUUAACUCGGGCCAUAGAGGCAGCAAUAAUUCCAAGUUAAAAUACACAAAUCUGAGCCAUCUUCAGAGCAUUACAGAGGCUGAUACAGGAAUGUGUAACUUAAUUGAUUGUUUUCCACCUUCUCUGUUAAUGAAAUCUAGCCCUGAAUUGUUAUACCCAAGUCCAUGUUUUUCUCAGCAAAUAGUAAAUUACCUGCAGAAAAAAUUGCAAUAUUUCUGCAUCUCUGACACCGAUUCGGUCUGUGACCUUGACAAGCAAAGACUCAAUACAUCUGUUUUCCAGUCAGUGAAAUAAUAAUGUGUCUUGUACAGCAACAUAACACUCGGAGCUGCUUUAUCACGGGCCUGCUGAUAGCUCCUGCCAUGGUGUAUGAACACCAGCACACUCGUUCUGUGUGUGCAGGGAGUGCUUGAUAAGGAGCGGGACACGUGGCAGGAAAGCAGCCGUGAGCACAACCAUGCGUACAUGAAAGCCUCAGUAUUGGCUUUUAAAUGUUGAAAAGGGUUCACUGCUGACAGCUGAGGCGGGUUUCGGAGUGGCUUGUAUUUGUCUCAAGCAGUAUUAACCUUGGAGGCAGACAAGUUCAUAGGAAACCUUAUACUUGGAAGUCUGCAUGUCCAAAACAUGCCCAAUAAUGUGACGGAUCAGAGAGCCAGUGAGGAGGAGUGUCUGUAGGGAAUUGCCAGUCCCUCUGUCCAGCUCCUGGGAUGGACAGGCUGCCCGGCUCUCCGGUCAGUGCUGAUUCCCUCAAAACAUAACUUGGAAUUGUCAGGUUUGCUGUCAUAGACAUAUUUUGCUGUUUUUAUCCUUCGCUGGACAGCUUGUGUAGGUCAAUUUUCAUGCUGUGGAAGAGCACUGAGGAAUAUUGAUCACUGCUGCAGCUCAAGCAGCUCGAGUCCAGGUGCUUGUCUAUAUGAAGAUGGAGCCACUGUUAAGCCUAUUUUAGGGUCUCCUGAGCUCUUGUUCACUUCCAUGUGAGGAAUGAACUGGAAUGAGAAAGAUUUCUUUAUCUCAGGGUAAAGAAAUACCAAAAGAGAGUAAUUUCAUGGAGUGAUUGCAGGAGAGAUUGGAAAAGGUGCCAGACUGAAAAUCUAUGUUUUUCAAGCAGUUAACUUUUCAGUGCCAGUGGGGUGAUGUACCAGCCCAGACCAUCAACUUGAGUGGUUAAAAAAAGUGAGUGGUGUUGACAGUUCUGCAUCCUGCCCUUGCAAGACUGAAAUUCAGCAAGUGCAUGAAAAACGGGGAAGGCUGUCUUCACUUCCAAAGAAAAUUAUGAGUAGUUGAAGGGCUAAAACCUUUAAGAGGAUGAUAAACAGCCAAAGGAGUUUGAAAGCAUAUGAUAAAAUGAAAUUUAAUGAAGAACUGAGACUGGUAGAGGGGAUGUGGUAGAAACGUAUAAUGCUAUGGUCCAGCACUUAAGAACAGUUCUGUAUUUUCAGAAAUAGCUUAUAAAAUGCUGAGCUUCUCUUCAUGAAUGGGAAGGAGGCUUCAUCCCAUGGGUGCUGGACAUGCCUGGGGCAGACCUUUUUGAAGUCCACUUUUCCAAUAGAAGGAAAAGUUAUACUUGAGCCCUUGAUUCACUCCUUUAGACGUGUUCCUCAGGAUAACACAAGCAUUUGCCUUUAUCCAGUAACUGUAAUGGCCCUGAGCUUGCUCGAGGGAGACACAUCCAUUGCUGAUGCUGCAUUUCAUUAGCAGAGCCUUGUGCUGUGUGUGCUAGUAAGUCCCUGAGGAGCCUGGGGCACAGACAGCCUGGUCCCAGGAGAGUCAGACCAGGCACGCUGGAGCAUCUGGUGCCCUGCUCAGGAGUCCCCUGUUUCCAGCAGGGUAGAUUGGGUUCUGAUGUAGCUGUGCUGUCGCAGCUCUACAUGGAUAUGCUGGAACGUAAUUGAAGUGAAGCGCCAGCUGCCUGCAGGCGGGGUUGUGCUGGCUGUAGCCUCCACAAUUUGAUCGUGCUCUCUGGGGCUUAAAUCUCUAGUCUGAAAAGCAAAUUUAGCAUAUUGAGGUUAAACUUCAGUUAAUACAUGAUGGUCUUUUUCUUCUGAUAAUAUCAAGGCUCCUCAAGAGACCCUCAGUUCAGUGUUCAGCACUGUCUCAGGAUGUGCAGUGAAUAAAGCCCGUGUUGUCUUAAUACUGGGGAUUAAAAAAAAAGCGUUGUCAGUGCUUACUGUUUGAUCACAUCCAUGAGCACAAGGGGUUCAUGGCACAGGCAACCUUUGUUCUGCCUCUUGCUAUUUUCUUUACAUCCAAGCCAAGACACAUCCCUAUUUGUCUUAUGCAAGAAAUCAUGAUUAAAACCACACUACUGCCUACACUAGCAUUCUAGCCAGCAAGGAUUUUGGGAACUUCCCUCAAGAAGGUCUUUAGUAUUCCUGGAGGGUAAAAAGAUGCUUUUCCCUUGCAGUGAUAAGAAAAAUGUUUUGAGAUAAGUUAAACCUGUGAGUUGUGCUUCCAGACAGAGAGCUGCCUGGGUAAGCCCAGAGCACAGGGAUACAGCUGCCCCUGGGAUCAGCCCAAGGGAUAGAACCACCCCAGGGAUACAGCUGCCACUUGGGGUGGUUGUGCUUGGGAGGAGUGUGGGGAGGAGGAACCUGGAUCCCCAGGAGGCCAGGACAGGGUGAGAGCAGCACGAGGUGCAGUUUGAGCUCUGGAAGCUCUGAGGGUGUCUGACAGUGUUGAGGACAAGGUGAGGGGCUGGUCAGUAAGGCAGAUAAUGCAAAGCUGUGCCAGAAAGGGCAUGGAGCUCACAGGGAUGUUGCAGGAGGACACAGCUCAAAGGACACAGCUUCUCUGUCUGGCUUCUCCCAUGGACCAGCACAGCAUAUGAAAGAUGGAUCAGGUGAGUGAGUGAUCCUCAGCCUUUUACUGUGAGCAUUUGAUUUUCCCAGCUGGAUCCCACCCAGCCUGCAUAUCCUUUGGCUGCAUGACCAGCAGUUGGCGCUGGGAACGGACCAGGAUCGUGUGGCAGGGGGUGAAGAGGGUGAAGCUGCUGCCAAAAGGCCAGGUGCCACCCAUGUUCGUUGGGUUAAAACUGCUCCUGAGCAACAGUCCUAAACUUCUGCUGUCUUUGCUUUCCUGAAGGAGAAGAGUCAGUGAGCCCUUCAGGUUUUUCUUCUUGAUGGAAAUUUUUUGUGGAAAGUGUCAGGACUUCAAGCUGAACUACUUUUUUCGUUAUUAUUCACGUGGAGGUUCUGCCUCCACAGGUGGAAUGUACAGUUGGCAGGAGCAGUUUUCAGAAUCUCUCUGUGGUCAUUUUUAGAGCAAGAGUUGGAGUCUUGCUGGCUUCCACAUCACUGGGACUCACAUGUUUGGGGUAGGAGACCUGAAGAGGUGCACCUUCAGGUGGACUUCCAUGUGGUUCUUUCUGCUGUCUUCUGUAGCACCAUUCUAGAGCACUGAAGUUUGGUGGUUCACUGGUCUUCAGAACAGAGGCUGAGAAGGUUUGAUCUGUCAGCAUCUCUGGAUGUGGUAGUCUGGCUUGGUGCAUCCCAGAGGGGGUGCCUAUGCUGCAGUCACUUCCAAGGCUAUAUGGUGAGGUUGUUGCAUAGGCAUAACAUGCACCUCAGUGCACUUAAACCACUGAGCUUACAUGCUGCUGACUAGCUUGUCCCUGUUAGUUGUAGACUUUUGAUUGCCACGUGGGUGAGCUCAAGGCUUGAGGAACUGUUCCUGACUGCAGGUCAAUGCACAGAGGUUGUUUCCUACAGCCUGCAAAGGGCUGCUGCCACAGUCCAGCAGUGUGGCCCUUUGGCUAGGGCACGAGUCCCUGAAGACACUCCUUUGGGAGAGCUGGUGACCACUGGUAAGUAGCUCAUCCAGAUGUCUUGUGCAGGACUUGUGUGUUUGAUUUCAUUCCCUGAAUUGGUUAAUGCUACUACAUGUUCCUGCAAAGAAAGCAAAACCCGUAGAUUCUUGUAAAGUCUACUUCUGUUAUUUUAUUUUGAUGUUUUGCCAGACCUUAGUGAUUUGGUUGGAAGGCAAUGUGUAGUGAUCAGAGAGUUUUCAGCUUCUCCCAGAGGCUGUCCUUGGAAACACAGAGGGCACCCAGCUCAGGCCACCUGCUUGCCAGCAGAGAAUUGGGAUGGUCUCGUCCAUGCUCCUGCCUGCGUUUAACCAGACGUCUCCCGUGGUGGAGUUGCCUGCUUUGAGCACAAUGCUGCGGAUGGUGCAUGGAAGGCUCAAGGAGCACCUUCUGCGCAAUCAUUUCUCAGCUGACGGAGGAAACACAGCCACUAUUUGAAACCACUAUCAAAUCCCGUGCUGUGUCCGAGGACUCUGAUGCUAAAUUCACGUGCAUAGUGACAGGGUAUCCACAGCCAGAGGUGACGUGGUACAAGGAUGAUGAGGAGAUGGAUCGCUAUUGUGGCUUACCUAAGUACGAGAUAUUCCGCCACGGAAACCGCCACACCCUGCAGCUCUACAAGUGCCGAGAAGAGGAUGCAGGCAUUUACCAGGCCUCAGCUAGAAAUAACAAAGGCAUUGUGUCCUGCUCUGGUGUGCUGGAAGUGGGAACCAUGACGGAGUUCAAAAUCCAUCAGAAGUGGUUUGACAAAAUCAAGAGAAAAGCUGAAGAAAAGCUGCAAGAGAUAGAACAGGGCAAGAAACGAGGAAAAGAAAAUGUGGAAGUGGAGAAGUUGCAAGGAAUGAGCCCUGAACGGCUCCAGAGGAAGCGGAGGCUGGCUAGAGAUCAGAAUCUCCGGUCAGGAGACUCUUCAUGGGAGAAGGAAGAUGCAGCAAAAGUGCACGUCGCUGAUUCACAGUCCAGGUUACACAAGGAUAUUGCAAAGGGGACAAAGGAGCAGCCACUCAAUGCGGUGCCAGGCUUCCCAAACAAACUGGUGGCACCUCUGAAAGCAGAGGUGACCACCAAUGGAGAUGCCACUUUGGAAAGUGGGGAGGAGAAUGGGAACAACUUUCUCACAUACAUCUACGAGACCGUGGAGGACCUGGCAACUAAGCCAGGGGCGAAAGACUCUGCAGCUAAAAAGAAAAAGAAGGUGGAGGCUCCUUCAGCAGCAAAGCAGGAAGUUUCUAAGCGAGAAGAAAGUGGGAGAGACAGGGCCAAUCCGUCUUCAAAUCCCAGGUUUGCUCCUCCUGUCCCCUUACGCAGGAAUGCACGUUUGAGGGCAGCAAGUGAUCAAGAAGUGGAAACCAGUCCAAAGCUCAAAGAGCCUGGGAAAGCUGUGAAACAGGACACUAAAACCAAUGAUGAUGUGUACUUCUCUUUAAAGGACAUGUAUUUUGAUAAGCAAGUGAAGCCAGCAGCAGGGAAGAAGGAGGUGGGAGCCAAAGACAAGGCUGGGAGUGAGGCUGCCCUGUGGCCUGUGGAAGUCAGCAGACAGACAGAGGAUGCUCCAUUGUCCUCUGAGGUGUUGGAGGCAAAACCUGUGCUGUCCGAGGGCCAGAGAGGCCAGCAGCAAGAACAGAAGUUGGAGGGAAACAAAGAGGUUGCAGCAAGAGCGGGACAGUUUCCUGGUGACCUAAAGCAUCCAGUGUCCAGUCCAACCAAAGAGACCAGUCAGCAAGGCAGUAAGGUAGAGGAGGUCAGGAAAGAAGUGCCUGUUUGCCAGGAGACCAGGGGGGCUGUGGAAAGGACAAAUCCUCGGUUUAGGCCUCAGGAGCCACCAAAGCCACCAGCACCUUCUCCAGACCAUGUGCAGUCUGGCAAGGAGCACCCACCCCCCAGGAAACAGGCAGAAAGACAUUCCCAUGCUCUUGAGGGCAGAGAGACUCAGCAAGGACUGUUAAAUCAAGAGGACAAAAGCCAAGGUGGGGAAGAGUCAUUGCUAACAAAUUUGAGUCCUCCAGAACCUGGAGAAAACACUCCUCUUGAACAAAUCCCGUGUCAGACAGUCAAGGAUGGGAAGAGCAAAGAGGCAGGAGCAGAGUUGUCUGGGAGCCAUCCUGGUGUGAGGACAGCAGGAAGUGAUGGAGCAGAGCCAUAUCGUGGGACUGUGCCCAGGGAGGCAGGAGGGAUACCUUUGGGCCAUCAGAACACUGAAAUGGCAGCUCCUGCUUCAGUUCCUCUUGCCAAGGAAGAGCUGCCUCCUGCUCCUCCAGUGAGGCCAUCAGUGGGUCGGAAGGCACUGCAGGUAGCUCAUGGCACCCCAGGGAUGGAGGCCACUGCAGGAGAGGUCCUGUCUGGAGCCCAGCUGCUGCCUCCUGCGAGUGGAGAAACAGAAAUCACAAAAACAGAUGGAUCUGCCCUGCGGGAGAUGUUUUCAGCCGUCAUGUUAGAGGAGGAGAAUGCCAAACCAGUGCCCGUGGGACCUCAGGGGAAGGAGGGAGGACUCCUGACAGCCACAGCUCCAUGCCAGGAACCAGCAGCAUCUUCAGGGACUUGGGAAGGAGUCUCUGAGGUUCAGCCACAGGUACCACUGGUCCUGCCUGGCUCUGAGAGAUCUCAGGAGAUGUCUUUUGAGGAGAAAAUGCAGCACAAAAACCUGGUUUCCUCCUUAAAGAACUACCUGCUACUACUUCUAAAAAUGUCAGAUAGCAGUAAGGAUGCCACAAAAGGAGACAUUGACUCGGGGGACAAGGAGCAGCCAAAUGCAGGUGAAGGCAUAAUCCCAGAGAUAGGCAUUGCUGGCCUUAGCCCUCGCACCUCAAGGAAAGUUUUGGAAAAAGUACAAAACAACCAGCUCUUUCAGACAGCAGAGAACUUGCCUCUGACCCCCAGGACAUCCAGACGGAUCACAGGCAUGAUUAACGAGGAAUUUGUUACCAGCAAGGAGAUGCUGGCUGGCAGGCCUGUGCAACCGAAGAGACGCGCCUGGGGGGCUCCUGAGGCCGAGGGGCCGCCUCCACUCUCAGUGCCCUCCAUUGUGGUGGGCAGCAUGCCCACAGCAGGAGUGGCUCCUCAUCUUUCUGAUUCGCCUCCAGUGAGCUCUGAAGAGAGCCCUGCUGACCCUCUGGCAGUACUACCUUGUGCCACACCAGAAGAGCUCGCUCUGGGGGCCCGGCGCAAAAUAUACCUGCCAAAACCCAAACAGGUGGGGGUAGAAGAGGAGGCAACCCCGGAGAGCCUGGAGCACACAAGAAGUCCGACUGUUUCACCACGGCAAUCCAGGAAGAAUGCAUCCUUUUUGCAUUCUCCUGCCCUGGCUCCAUCCUCUCCCUCAGAGCAGUGCUCUCCAACCCUCAUGAGGAAGAUGGCCACGCUGGAGGUUCCUAAGCUGUACGAGGAGCCUGCAGGUGACACCAGUGGUGACCAGGAGGUCCCUGGAGAUGCUAAGCCAGAAGCACAGCCAGCAGAGUCUCAGAAAACAAAUAACCCAUUUAAAGCUCCACAGGUGGUCCGUAAGAUCAGGGCAGAACAAUUUUCCGAUGCAUCAGGAAACCUGAAACUUUGGUGCCAGUUCUUCAAUAUAUUGAGCGACUCUAAGCUGACGUGGUACAAGGACGAGAUCCCUGUAGCUGAAGCCCAAAGGAGUGCUGGCGAUGAGGGUCAGGCAGCUUUGGCUGUUGUGCAGGCGUCCCAGAAGGAUUGCGGGGUCUAUCGGUGCGUGAUCAGCAACGAGUAUGGCACCGACUCCACAGAUUUCCUGCUCAGCCCAGAAGUGUUGUCAGGAUUUAUCCUGCGGGAAGAGAUUGAAGUUGGAGAGGAGAUCGAGAUGACGCCCAUGGUGUUUGCCAAGGGUUUGGCUGACGCAGGCUAUUGGGGGGAUAAGCUCUUCGGGCGCGUGGUGAGCGAGGACAUGGAAGUGGGUGCUGGUUUCUUGCGCAAAGCCUGCCGUGCCAGAGCCAUCUACGGCCUGGAGCCUGUCUUUGAGUCCGGCCACACCUGUGUCAUCAAAGUGCACAAUUUCAUCGUCUUUGGGACCAAGAAUGAGAACAGCCUUAUUGAGAAGAACUAUGAUAUCACCAUCCAGGAAUGUAAAGUCCAAAACUCCAGCCGUGAGUACUGCAAGAUCUUUGCUGCUGAGGCACGAGCCGUCCCUGAUUUUGGAGCAGUGCCUGAGAUAAUUCCUCUGUACCUGAUUUAUCGACCGGCCAACAACAUCCCUUAUGCCACAAUGGAGGAGGACCUCGGCAGGCCCUGUGAGCAGUACUGUGUCACCGAGAGAGAUGGCAGCUUGGUGGCACGAGGCUCCUCGGAGAUUGUGCUCAAAUGCUGCACCUUCCAGCAUUGGGUCUACCAGUGGACAAAUGGAAACAUCCUCGUGACUGACAUGGAAGGAGUGGGCUGGAAGUUGACCAACGUGCGGAUUGCUACCAACCUGAAAGGGUACCAGGGGCUGAAGGAGAGCUGCUUCCCCUCUCUGCUGGAGCAAUUCCCGGCCACUCACAGGUGCAAUCAUUACUGCAGCAUCCUGGGCCUGAAGAUGCUGGAGCCAGCCAAGCCCAAGGGCUCCAAGAGUCCCUGUCUGGGCAGGAAAUCUGCCCAGUCCAGCCCCCAGCUCCAGAAGAAGGUGUUGACAAGUCCUCAGGGCACCCGCAAGGCUGCUGUGAGCCCCAAGAGCUCCCGGAGAGCUGCAGAAACAGGGGAGGCCCCAACAGCCUCCAAACCCAGGUCAGGAGAGAGCAACAGAGCUGGCUGCCCGCAGUAGUCAGAGCUGCUGCAGCUGGGACCCCCACAUGACCAUUGUGGGAAGGGGAAGACCCUGGCAGUGGCCUUCUCUGUGGGGCUCCUGCCCAGCCUGCAGCGCUUGCAUUGUGUGGUGUGUGCUAAUUUGUGAGCAGCUGGGCCAGGGCUGCGGGAGCUGUGAGCCAUGGGCCACCUCCCCAGUACCUCUACUGCUGCUGCUGUGGGGAGCCUGUGGGGCCGUGUGCCUCUCCACGCUCGGACUCGCUUUCCUCUCUCAACUUUCCGUAGGCCUUCCUUAAGGCAGGGGCAGAGCUGCUUGCUCGGGCUUGGCAGGCACCAUGUCCCUGCCUGGCUCCCCAGCAAACUGGGAGUCCUGGACACCCUCCUGGCUCCCAGCACCUCAUGUCCCUCUCUGUGUCCCCAUAAAGCGACCGGGCCAAGCCUUGCCAGCACUGUCAAGGAUGAGAAUCCCACCAGUGCCCAGGCUGUCCCCUGUGCCCUGGCACCCCCUUUUUCCUGCAGAGGGCUCCAGCAGUCACUGCAGGGCUCCUCUGCUAUGGUGCGGGGCUCUGGAGUGUUGGCUGGUCCCAGGGCGGGGUGCUUGCACUGGUACCAGCUGCUGCAUAGGGAUGGGGUUUUGCACUCCUGCCCUCCCCUGCAUCCCAGGGAAGUCUCCCACCCUGUUGCUGGGUGGCUGCUGAGGGCAGCCGUGCUGCUCUGGAUGGUGGCCAGUGCUAUGGUAAGGAUGCUCUACCUCACAUGGGAUACCUGGGAGCAGGACAAAGGAGCGACUUCCCCUCCAUACCAGGAUCUGCCGUGGCACAUGGGGGUGUGUAGCCCACAGGACACGCUCCUCCUUGCCUCCGUGCCAUACAUAGAUCCUGUAUGCCCCAGCCCCACAGCACAAUCUGGUGCUUAGCAUCACCCCUCCUUGGCACAGGCUGGACUCCAGUGACAGCUGGCGGUACCCACUCCAAAUCCUGCUACCCCUGGCUCAAGGCAGUGAUGGACAGGCACAGGAACUGUCUGCUCCAUCACUGUGCAGAGCAUCCCCUUCCUUGGGGCAUUGCAGGAGGGUGCUGGGUGCCAGUGACACUACCCUGCAGGGUGGGGUCCCAAGCGGUGGCUUGGUGCAGCCUGAUGGAGGGAAGGGGCUGGACUGGGAGCGUGGCGUGCUCUGGACUCCUGGUCCUUCAUCGUUGGGUGACUGUAAAAUACCAGUGUACAUAAUGUGGCUGCCUUGGCGCCUGGGUGCUCUCGAGUGCAAUAAAGCGAGAAGGACUGGCCUGUUC